CGAUUAUUAACGGUCUUUGAAAAUAUUUUGUUCUGUAAGAUCAGACAUUCUUAUCAACGUCAAAAUGUAAAUAUCGUUAAGAUUCUUAGCAUAAAAAAUGCCACUGCUGUGUUUUCAAGAGCGAAAAUCUCCAAUUAAUGUUGAUGGUGCACAAGACAUUGACAUUGAAGAUGCUGGUAGUUUCAAUAGUUGCUGGCAGGAUAUUCCAGACAGCCUCCUCUUGUACAUAUUCUCCUUCCUUGAUGUGGAGCACCUCGGAAAAGUUGGAUCUGUCUGCAGGACAUGGCAAAGGAUAGCCCUAGACGAGACAUUAUGGCGGAGACUAUUCUACUCUAUCCUCAAUGUGUCUCCCCAACCUCUGGCGCCGGGAAAGUCGUCAUGGCGCGAGGAGGUUAAGAGGAUUCAGUAUGAGACGCCCCUCACGCUUACAGAGACCCUGACAGAUCACACCGACGAAGUCCUGCACGUUAGCUUCUCACAUGAUGGUUGUGUAUUUGGUACAACGUCAAAGGACGCCUCGUUAAAGAUUUGGGAAGUUGGGUACCCAACCAGACUGAAGUACAGCAAAGAUUUCCGACAGUUACUGAAAUGGGAUUUCACACAGUUUUGUGCAUUUAACCAGUCUGACACUAUGAUACUAGUGUCAAGUGUCAAGUCUUCUAGUAUCAUGGACAGACGUGGAUACAUGGCCAUUUUGUCCCUUGUGCACGAUUUCCAGAUACUGCGUGUGGUCACUAUGGACCCUUCCCAGAUGUUUGGGGCCUGGUUGGAUGACCAGACGUUCUUGGGGGGAACACUAGAGAUCAGCCUCGACAGAUUUGCAACCACAGUUCAGAUCGAGGCUCACAAGGUAUGUCUGACCUGUCACCAAAUACCUGACAAAGUUACCCAGGUAGAGGACAUGACUGGGCGUCCACUUUUCACCUUCACAAGUGAGACUGCCAGUCUGAUCAAGUUCUUGACUGUAUCUAGAGUUUUAUCAAAGGUUGCCCACCCUGGGCAAACCAGUCGAAAGGAAAAUGAGAACAAUGCUAUGAUGGUAGAUUGGUUUGAGGCACCAGACUUUAUGAAUGUAAAGGGGAAAUUGAAAAGCCCCACUAUAGCUGAAAGAAGUAAUAGUUUAUACACUAGGUACAAGAGGGAAUAUGAAGAGGGAGAACAGUUCUUUGAUGACGAUAAUGUUGUGCAGUCUAAACGUGUGUGUAGAACUUGUGGUUUAGAAAAUUCUAGUGUAGAGAUGUCCAAAAUGGUUUGUGACACAUGUGAAACAAAGGCAAAAAUUGGUGAAAGUCAGCAAAAAAUGGAUAUAGACAGUCUAACGACAGAUGAUUGGCCAUUUAGAAAUCUCAUGACUGAUAGCAGUAUCUCACCUCGGUCAACGUCCACAUGCGUUAACUGCAUUCACUGGCCUGAAGAGAAAAUGAAAAACUUGAUAUAUGUCACUGGCGAAUUUGCAGUGGCCCUUCACCAGAUUGGAUUCAAAAACAUUCCCACAUGCAACCAGACAUUCUUUGGGCAGACGGGGUCUGUAAAUGUUCGGAGUUACAGCGGGCAGCAAGACGGGGCAGGGGCUGGCUACAACAUGGUGGUCAAUUACAGCAACAACGAUGUGCACCUGGUGCAGCAGCCACCCAAACCAGACUCCCCUGACCAGCUGAUGGACCUCUCGGGUCAUGUGACCGGCCUGUGUCUUACACCGGAUCAAAGGUUCCUGUACAUUAACUGUCGUCCAUGGAUUGGAGAAAUUGAUCGUACUGAUCCGUGGGCAACCCCUGAACUCUCACAUGACAUCGAGGUUAGGGUCAUUGACUUAGUGACCUUGACUGAUCUGGGCAUUCAGUACAAAGGUCACAAGGGGUUUUCACCUUCAAACAUGUGCUGCUUUGUAUUUCUGGACGUUUGCAACGACUUUGUUGCAAGUGGCAGUGAAGAUGCCAAGGGGUACAUAUGGGACCGACAUUACCGGACCCUUCUGGGCACAUAUGAACACGAGCCCGGGGUGGUCAAUGCUGUAGCCUUCAACCCAGUCCAGCAGCAGUACCUUGUUACGGUUAGCGAUGACAAAACCAUCAAGAUCUGGAGGUCAAAGUCGGAGGUCAAAAGACUUGGUAUAGGUUGCAUGUCUGCUGAUAACGAUGAUCCAGUUAAGCAACUUGAUGACACUGUUUAAAUAUGUGUAUAAAAGUAAGGUUUUAUUUAUUAGUUGAUUAGUGUAUGAUUUAGCACUAAACUGUUUUUAAAAGUAUAUGUUUUUAUUAAGCAAUUUAUAUUACUUUUCAGUAUUGAUCAGGCCUUACUUUUUUUCUUUUCCAUCUUUGUUAAUUUUUUCCUUCGCUUCUGCAAAAUGCUCCUCCUGUCCAUUCAAUUUGAAUAGAAUUAAGUGAUUUUGUGAUUUGAUCUGUUCAAUAAUGAAAAAUACAUUUGUUAUGCUUAACAAGCAGUGACAUAUUUUGUAUACAACUUUUUAACCUCGAAGUUAUUCUUAAGAAAUGUUACAGCAAAUGAAUUAUGCAACAGAUGUAGAUUUUUCUUGAAAGUGUCUUAAAUUGAUUUUAAUUAUGGAAGUUUUAUUAUUAUUAUAUUGUCUACUUCUCCCAUAUUUAUGCUCCCCAAAAAUUUUCGGGGAGCACAUAGUUGCCAGUUUAAAGUUCCAUACUUCCUUACUUCCGUCACACUUUUGUUACAGUUUCUCAUAGCUCCUUCAAUAUUUGUUCGAUCUCUUAUAUAUUUGGCAUAUCUGUACCUUGCAUGGACCUCUACCUUUUGAUGAGGUUUGAGGUCACUGGGGUCAAGGUCACCAAGGCUAAUAAUAUUUUUUUUCUUCACAAUUUUGUUACAGUUUCUUAUAGCACCCUCAAUAUUUUUCCGAUCUCUUAUAUAUUUGGCAUGUAGGUACCUUUCAUGGACCUCUACCUUUUAAUGAGAUUUGAGGUCACUGGGGUCAAGGUCAACGUCACCAAGACUAAUAAUAGAUUUUUCCGUCACAAUUUUGUUACAGUUUCUCAUAGCGCCUUCAAUAUUUUACCGAUCUCUUACAUAUUUGGCAUGAAGGUACCUUGCAUGGACCUCUACCUUUUGAUGAGGUUUGAGGUCAAGGUCACCGAGGCUAAUAAUAGAUUUUUUUAGGGUGGUUAUUAACACAUAGAUUGACAAAGCGCAUCAUCGGGGAGCAUCCAUCAGUUUCACUGAUAUUCUUGUUUUAAACAGCUUUUUAUUAUUUUAUUUACUUCUGGCAAAAAUACUUUUGUCCCUAGUUCUGGGUUGAACCAUGCCAAUUUAUUUAGCUCUUCUAAUCACAACUUGCUUAUGUGAGCUUUUGUCUCUUUUUUCCGGCGUCAGUUGUCAACCUUUCCUUGUGAACAAUCUUUAGGCCACAUUUAUUGCAAAUCUUUAUGAACUUGGUUAGAAAAUUCAUUCCAAUUAAAUCACUUAGUUUACAAGUGUCAGUAGAGGUAAAAAACUAGGUCGCAAGGUUAACGUAAAGCAGAAGCUUGUGAAUUCUCAGGAAGUAACAUUUUUCAAUCAUGAUGAAACUUGUUCAUAAGAUUUUCCCAAUGAUAUCUUGGUAGAGUUAAAAAAUGUUUGCAGUCUGUUGCAAAACAGGGGGCUGGGCAGUUUUCCUUAUAUGAAUAUAAUAAAACCUUGUGUACAAUCUUGUCAUAUUUAUUGUCCAACCUUCAUAAAACUAAAAUAAGGUCACAAGGUAAAAUUAAGCUUGUGAACACUUUAGAAGCCACAUUCUUUUGCCCAUUUGCUUAAUCUUUAUGAAAAUUGCCCAGAACAUUUGUGACAUUACUAUCUUGGCUAAGUUAUUCACUGGAUUAUGUGUGGCAAAAAUAGGUCAUAAGGUUAAAGAAAAGCUAGUGGACACUUAUUGCCUCAAAUGAACCUGUGUUAAAACAUUUGUCUCAAUGUUAUCUCAGUCAAGUUGAACACUGGUCACGAGGUAUUGAAACACCAGAUCACUGGGUCAAAUGAACUAAAAAUGCUAUGGGGGUCACAUUUUUCACCCAAUAAACAUAAAACUUGCACAGAAUAGAAUUUCUAAUGACAUCUCGGCAUAGUUGUAAAAUGAUGCUUACAACAACGCAAAUGCGGGUCAUAACAUGUACAGAUCUAAAGGUCAAAGGUGAGAGACUUAAGGCCUGUGGCUAUAUUGUUUACUAGUAUUUAAAGGGACUGUCAACCACGACGACGAAUAAAAGAAAAAUUGUAAAAUACCUUAUUUUUUUUACAAUUAUUAGUUUAUAUUGAUUAAAACAUCACGACUGGUAUAUUACAUUACUUGAAAAAAGUUGUUAUGUUUUCAUAUUUUCAGUAUAUUUGGAAAAAAUGUUUACUGGGUAUGUCUACCAGGUAACUACCAGUUAACUAUAAAUAACGCCAGUAGAUUGAUCAUCAUCCUCACGUGGUAAACCAAGGAAUGCAAAUUGUAGAUGCGUAGUGAAUUGUAUUUAUUAUAUAUUAAAAGAUGCUUCAAGUAUGUUAAGAUUUUGUAAGAAAAAUAGAUAUAUGUGAUUCAUGUUUUAGAAAAAUAAAAAAUAAAACACAA